AGGGCGCUGCUGAGGGCGCAGCGCGGGGGGCGCGCUGGGCGGGGCGCCUUGAAGGGCGCGGCCGAGGGGCGCGGGCGCAGCCGGAAGCUGGGGCGGGGCGCCCGCGCGGGAUGCGGUGAAGGGCAAGCGGCGCGGCGGCGGCGGCGAUGAGUGCCUCGGCGGCCACAGGGGUCUUCGUGCUGUCCCUCUCGGCCAUCCCGGUCACCUACGUCUUCAACCACCUGGCGGCCCAGCACGAUUCCUGGACAAUUGUAGGGGUGGCUGCCCUCAUCCUGUUCCUGGUAGCCCUGUUGGCUCGUGUCCUGGUCAAAAGGAAACCACCCCGGGACCCACUGUUCUAUGUGUAUGCAGUUUUUGGAUUUACCAGCGUGGUGAACCUCAUCAUAGGACUGGAACAGGACGGGAUCAUUGACGGCUUCAUGACAUACUACUUGAGAGAGGGUGAACCGUAUCUGAACACGGCCUAUGGGCACAUGAUCUGCUACUGGGAUGGCUCUGCUCAUUAUCUGAUGUAUCUGGUGAUGGUGGCAGCCAUAGCCUGGGAGGAAAGUUAUAGAACCAUUGGCCUAUAUUGGGUCGGAUCUAUUAUUAUGAGCAUUGUUGUUUUUGUGCCAGGAAACAUUGUAGGGAAGUAUGGAACACGCAUUUGCCCUGCUUUUUUCUUAAGCAUACCAUAUACUUGUCUUCCUGUCUGGGCUGGUUUCAGAAUCUAUAAUCAGCCCUCAGAAAAUUAUAAUUAUCCCUCAAAGGUCAUUCAAGAAAUCCAAGCGAAAGAUCUGCUGAGAAGACCAUGUGAUUUAAUGUUGGUUGUGUGUCUCCUUCUGGCAACUGGAUUUUGCCUGUUUAGAGGCUUGAUUGCUUUGGAUUGCCCAGCUGAGCUCUGCCGAUUAUAUACGCAAUUUCAAGAGCCCUACCUAAAGGAUCCUGCUGCUUAUGCUAAAAUCCAGAUGCUGGCAUAUCUGUUCUAUUCCGUCCCUUACUUUGUGAUGGCGCUCUAUGGCUUGGUGGUUCCUGGAUGCUCCUGGAUGCCUGACAUAACACUGAUACAUGCUGGAGGUCUAGCUCAGGCUCAGUUUUCUCACAUCGGUGCUUCUCUUCAUGCUAGAACUGCUUAUGUCUACAGAGUCCCUGAAGAAGCGAAAAUCCUUUUUUUAGCAUUAAACAUAGCAUAUGGAGUUCUUCCUCAGCUCUUGGCCUAUCGCUGUAUCUACAAACCAGAGUUCUUCAUAAAAACAAAGGCAGGUGAAAAAGUUGAAUAAAAGCAUUAUUUUAUGUUCUUUCUCUCUAGAUUACUGACUUUUGUUAUUUUGGUACCAAUAUUUGGUCCCAUUCCACUCUCUUCCCAUACAGGAACAUUUAAGAAUACAUAAAUUCUUGCUCCAUACUGUAUAUGUGAGCUAUCAUAGGAAUUAUGUGGAUAAAUUUCCUUUUUUUGAAGGAAAAUUGAAGUUAUUCAGAAAGCUUGUUUAAAGAAAUAUAUUUCAAGUUAUUUGUGAAUAAACUUGACCACCUAUCUCAAUAUUCUGUUUGCACACUUUAAAUAUAAGUGAAAAAUUACAAUUUAGCUCCUAUAAUAGUGAGCAUGAAAAGGAAACUGUUCAAAAGUGAAAAUGGUCUAUGCAUAUUAAAAAUUUCAAAGUAGCAAAUACAGAUGGAGAAAUAUUUUUGCAUAUAAGAUCUAUAUGUUUCAUUAUCAACCUCAAUAUAAAAGACAAAUUAUCAGAAUAUUUAAAAAUGUUGUUUGAAAAAUGUUUUCCCAAGGAAAGUAUAUUAUUUACUGCUGUUUCAAAAAUUGCUUUUACUGAAAUUUUUCUGUGAGUCUAAAUAGCUAAGAAGGGAUCUAUAACUUUAUCAUUACCCUUAUUUUAUUGGUGACUGGAAAUGUUUCUAUUGUAUUUCUGUGUAUAUUUUUAAUAAAUUAUUUUUGGUCUUUUAUGAAGACAAAUCUUACUAAAUUUGAAACAUUUUGUAUAUUUUUUUUUCAGAAAAAGUUCUGUAGUCUUUACGCCUUUUGUUUUAAAAAUCUGUCAACUAUAUUUCCAGUUCAAAAUGUCAUCUACAUUCUCAUGUUUUAGUGUGAGCAAUGAAGAGCACUUUUCAUGAAUUAAUUAAAUUUCAUUACUUUUAAAUUAAAAUAUUCAAAAUUAAAAAGUACCUUUUAAGGAAAAAGAAGUGGACUGGCAUUCCUACUAUCUUUUAAUGAACUUUUCAUAUUUGGAAAUGUGAGUGAGUAUAAUAGAGGAAAAUCAAUAUUUGCUAAGUAAGAGAAACAACCCAAAAAUCCAGCUGCCGCCUCAGAGCCCGGGAGUGGUAAGUGGCGCUUUCAUGCCCUCAGCUGCCAUCAUCACCACCACCACCACCACUACCAUCAUCAUCAUCAAUGGCCCUAAGCUUUUAGGGCCACUCAUGUUUUUCCUUCAUGUUAUUUACAAGCUCUUCACCAAAAUAAGAAAACCAAAAGAAAAUGGGGUCUAAAUCACUGCAUGGAUAAUGUCAAGUGUGUGAAUUUAGGGUCCACUGAACUGGUAAGUAUCUUAGACGUGCAAGCAAUCAUGUAGCCAGUUCCUCUCCCUCCCCACAGUGUUUAAAAAAAACCCUAAAA